GUUCGAAUCACUCCGCACAGUGGUGUGGGUCUCAGCUUGGCCCCCGCCAACAGGGUGUUCACUUUGAACUCAACCUUCGUCCUGUUCAUCAAUCAUCAUCAUUCAACACCUACCUAGGUACGGUGGUCACUUAGACUCUGAUCUCGCUUGCUUUAUAUGACCAAACAUGAGGCCCAAUCUCAAAAGAGUCACGAGUAAACAGGGCCAACGUUGCGCCCUCGGCGGCCGCUCGUGGGCUUUUGUCUGACUUCAAAGCCCGGCAGGUGGAACAGGUUCUUUGCAAAAGGCCAAGAAUAAUAUAAUAUAAAUACGGAGCGCCAUUCAAUCCUAAACCAAGUUCUGACUCAACCUCCACAUCCCUUAGUCAAACACAGAACAAGACUAAAGGUUCAUUCGCAAGGCUGAGUUCUAAGUUAACCUUCGGGUCUCGUCGUACAAGCAUAGGUAGGAAGCCCAACAUAUCCAUCAUGGCUAAAUCCCUCCCAGUGACCCUGCCAACCGCGGAGGAUAUUAUUGCUUCAACCGCACGCCUCUCCGCCCUCGAAAAGGUUACCACGGUCGCUACACAACAUGACUUACCAUACUUGGACAUUGAGAGCCUCCCAGACGGAGUCGAGCUGCCCACCGUGGAGGAGAUCCUUGCUACGCCCAGACAGCGCGUCAGCACGGACACCGGGGCCCCGAUUUACCGUGUCGGUAAGCACUUCGCCGUCAAGUACGGGAGUUGUGAUGAGUUAGGGUUCCAUAUCUCCUUCCACGAGGGCGAGAAUAUGCUCUUUGUUCAAGAAUCGACGAAUAUACCUAUCCCAAAACUCUAUGCAAUGUUCCACGACGAGGAAACCGGACUGAACUUCAUUGUCCAAGAAUUUAUCCCGGGACAUCAGCUGGGAGAGAUAUGGAACGGUCUCGAUAGAGCUCAAAGGCAAGCUAUUGCCUUGCAGAUACGCCGCAAUAUGGACGAGUUACGUAGUAUCCCUUCCCCGGGCUACUACGGUGGUAUCCGGAGACAACCUAUACGAGAUUGCCACUUUAUAACCGACCGAGUCUCACACCGACCACAUCCGGACAAGGCUAUCUCGGGGCCCCACGAGACUGAAGAGGAGUGGACCGAAGCCAUGCUACGUUACCUCGAUACGGAUAUUGUUAACACGCGCCCAACCGAGCGCCAGGCAAUACCGUAUGCUGAUGCUUACCGGAAAGUGUUUAACGGGCAUAAUGGGUCCGUCUUCACACACUCCCAUUUAUACGGGCGCAAUCUCAUUCUACGUGAAGAUGGGACCGUUGUGAUCGUCAAUUGGCAGAACGCCGGAUGGUAUCCAACCUAUUGGGAAUACUGUUGCAGUCGCAUAGGCGACCGCCCGCGGCUCCCCCACCACGGUUGGGAGGCGUGGGUGGAUGAGAUGUUGGAUGCACAUAUCGCUGAACACGACCUCUUGUUACACCACAUGACGUUUAUUGAUAUCUGAAAAGGAGACCAAUGCGACGGACAAUACAUGCUCAAAGAACCCGGCCAUCUCCCCCCAGCCCGCCCCGGAACAUACACUCUGGAGGGGGACGGAUGGAAAUUAGCAACACCUACCUCCCUCGCAACGGCCCAUCCCAACCCCUAUCAC